AUGGUCAGUAGUGAUGAUCAAUAUGCUGGCUAUUGUAGAUUUGUGACAGCAGAUUUAGUUCAGGUCAGUGAGGAUAGAUCUGAGGUGCAUGAGGAUAGAUCUGAGGUGCACGAGGAUAGAUCUGAGGUGCAUGAGGAAAGAUCUGAGGUGCACGAGGAUAGAUCUGAGGUGCAUGAGGAUAGAUCUGAGGUGCAUGAGGAAAGAUCUGAGGUGCACGAGGAUAGAUCUGAGGUGCAUGAGGAAAGAUCUGAGGUGCACGAGGAUAGAUCUGAGGUGCAUGAGGAUAGAUCUGAGGUGCAUGAGGAAAGAUCUGAGGUGCAUGAGGAAAGAUCUGAGGUGCAUGAGGAAAGAUCUGAGGUGCACGAGGAAAGAUCUGAGGUGCACGAGGAAAGAUCUGAGGUGCACGAGGAAAGAUCUGAGGUGCACGAGGAAAGAUCUGAGGUGCAUGAGGAUAGAUCUGAGGUGCAUGAGGAAAGAUCUGAGGUGCAUGAGGAAAGAUCUGAGGUGCACGAGGAAAGAUCUUAG